AUGACUCGCAGCAGCAAAGCCAACGAUCGCAACCACGCCGGCCUGGCUGACGGUAGUGCUCUUCCCGAAGAUAGACUUCCUCGCUACUUCGCGAAGUCGGGCUUCAGCGACGCCGACCCCUCUAGCAUCAAGAAGCACGGCGGAGGUCGUGGAAACUGGGGCCGAGAGGGCAUCGAAGCUGAAGACCUUGGCUACAACAUCAACAACAUCCGCCGCCGCUCCAAUUCCUCUACUCAAGCCCUCGGUGAUUUCAAGACCAAGUUCGAGGUCAACGAAGCCGAUCCAGUCUUCGAGGAAGAGCUGCAUGGACCCACAGAGGAAGACGUGGAGAAGGCUAGCAUGGUCUCGCUCGACAAGGAAGACAGCACCGACAGCUCCCGCUCCGUCGACGGUGAGGAUGCUGCUCACAAGAAGAUGUAA